AACUGACAGGUGCUCCCUGGGAGUCGCCACGACUCAGCGCCGCUCCCCCGCGUCCCCACCCCCUCUUUCCUCCCUCGCCUACCCCCCCACCCCCGGCACUUCGGCACAGCUCAGGAUUUGUUUAAACCUUGGGAAACUGGUUCAGGUCCAGGUUUUGCUUUGAUCCUUUUCAAAAACUGGAGACACAGAAGAGGGCUCUAGGAAAAAGUUUUGGAUGGGAUUAUGUGGAAACUACCCUGCGAUUCUUCGCUGCCAGAGCCGGCCAGGCGCUUCCACCGCGGCGCAGCCUUCCCCCGGCUGGGCUGAGCCUCGGAGUCGCUGCUUCCCCAGUGCCCGCCGCGAGUGAGCCCUCACCCCAGUCAGCCAAAUGCUCCUCCUCGGCCUCCUCCUGCUGACAUCUGCCCUAGCCGGCCAGAGAACCGGGACUCGGGCUGAGUCCAACCUGAGCAGCAAGUUGCAGCUCUCCAGCGACAAGGAGCAAAACGGGAGGAACUAUACCCCAGCAUCUGGACUGGCAUAGAAAAGACGAGAAAGAACAUUAAAAGGAGUGCAAGACCCCCGGCAUGAGCGAGUCGUCAUGAUCUCUGCUAACGGGAGCAUCCACAGCCCGAAGUUUCCUCACACUUACCCGAGGAAUACAGUGCUGGUGUGGAGACUAGUUGCAGCAGAUGAAAAUGUGCGGAUCCAGCUGACAUUUGAUGAGAGAUUUGGGCUGGAAGACCCAGAAGACGAUAUAUGCAAGUAUGAUUUUGUAGAAGUUGAGGAGCCCAGUGAUGGAAGUGUUUUAGGACGCUGGUGUGGUUCUGGGGCUGUGCCAGGAAAGCAGACUUCUAAAGGAAAUCAUAUCAGGAUCAGAUUCGUAUCCGAUGAGUUUUUCCCAUCUGAGCCUGGAUUCUGCAUUCACUACCGUAUUGUCAUGCCACAAGUCCCCGAAGCCACAAGUCCUUCCGUGUUGCCUCCUUCGGCCUUGUCGCUGGACCUGCUCAAUAAUGCUGUGACUGCCUUCAGUACCUUGGAAGAGCUGAUUCGCUAUCUGGAGCCUGACCGAUGGCAGAUGGACUUGGACAGUCUCUACAAGCCAACAUGGCAGCUUUUGGGGAAAGCAUUUCUCUAUGGGAGGAAAAGCAAAGUGAAUCUGAACCUUCUCAAAGAGGAGGUAAAACUCUACAGCUGCACACCUCGUAACUUCUCGGUGUCCAUACGGGAAGAGCUAAAGAGGACAGACACCAUUUUCUGGCCAGGCUGUCUCCUGGUUAAGCGCUGUGGAGGAAACUGUGCCUGUUGCCUCCAUAAUUGCAAUGAAUGUCAGUGUGUCCCACGAAAAGUUACGAAAAAGUACCAUGAGGUCCUUCAGUUAAGACCGAAAGUUGGCGUCAGGGGAUUGCAUAAGUCGCUCACUGAUGUGGCCCUGGAACACCAUGAGGAAUGUGACUGUGUGUGCAGAGGAAAUUCAGGAGGAUAAUCACAUCCUCCACAGCAGCACACAUCCGCACUGGCAUUCUGCAUCACCCACUAGCACCCCUCACCCCCACCAGUGUGUCAGCCACAGGGCUCUCCGACCCUGCCACAGCUGUGCUAAAGAUCAUGCUCAUUGUCUUCAUCCAAAGUCUCAGCUGUCUGCUUCAGCAGCCUUCCACCUGCAGGUCUUAAACUGUCUUCUGAAAGAAGAGGCUCCAAGAGGAAUCAGUCACACAGCACUGCUUUUUAGAGGAAGCCCAAACGAAUGGAAGAGGUCUGCAGCCAUGGAAACAAAUGAAAUGUUUGUAGAUUGCUAGCAAGCUCCAGAGUGACAGCAUUUCUUCUUCACUGACAGUGUGCUAUAGCUUAGCUGUCUUAAUGUGGGCAAGUGAUGUCAGCACACACACACACAGAUAGACACAAAAGGUGAAAACGCAUACUUGAUUGUGAACAAUGCAGAAAAACUUGGAUUUUCCCUUCAUGUUUGCAUAUUCAAAUCUGAGUGGUCUGUGUUCUACAAACUAAGCUUUUAGAGAGCAGCAAUGUUGCUACGAAUUAAAUGUGCCAUGCUGAUAGGAAAGACUGAAGUUUCUGUGCCUGGCAACUUCUCUGCCAUUGGAAGGAGAGAAGCACAGUCGUGCUGUGGAGGAGACACACCUUCACAGAGGUGUGGCCUUCCCGUCCCUUCCCUUUGAGGUUUAUAUGUUUUGUUGUGUACAUUUUUAUAUUCUACUUUUGACAUUAUAGCUGUUGGCUUUUCUAAUCUUGUUAAAUAUUUCUAUUUUUACCAAAGGUAUUUAAUAUUCUUUUUUAUGACAACAUAGAUCAAUUAUUUUUAGCUUGAUAAAUUUUUUUCUAAACAGAAUUGCUAUAGCCAGAGGAGCAAGGAUGAUAUAAAAUCUUGUUGCUCUGACAAAAACACAUGUAUUUCUUUCUUGUAUGGUGCUAGAGCUUAGAGUCACCCGUGUUUGAAAAGAUGGAACAGGGAAGUUGAGAGAAUUGGUAGGUCGCACGGACAUUUUGAUAGCAACGGCAUUAUUAUCAGUUCCGUCUGCUGGGAGAUGCACAUAAGACAGCAUGUGUAUACACUCACAUGGAGUCAUUUCCAAUGUAAUCCUUUCUGUGGGAAAUAGGAGCAUAGCUCAAGGAAACACGUAGGCACCUUCCUAGAACAGAGCGACCACUUCAAGACAUAGUAUUCUGGGUUAUGCUGCACUGUGAGGACCCAUCCUAUUUAUUGCAAUGCUAGGGGAUUUUCCUUUAAACUCUGCUCCAUACACUUGUAUAAAUACAUGGAUAUUUUUAUGUACAGAAGUAUAUCAUUUAAGGAGUUCACUCAUUGUACUCUGGCAAUUGAAAAGAAAAUCAUCAUACUACAUUGCUUGUAAAAUGCUUAAAACUGUGCCUAGGUAUGUGGUGACUAUUUUAAUUAAAAUGUAUUGAAUCAUCAAAUAAAAAAUGUGGCCAUUU